GCCCACUCUGCCCUGACUGCCCCUCACUGCCCUCACUGCCCAUUCUGCCCUCACUGCCCACUCUGCCCUCACUCUGCCAGUCAGUUUCUGUCUGCUAUUCUCCUCAGGUACAGCCAGCCAAUCAGCAUGCUCGUCCUGUAGCCACCUCAGCUGACAGGAAGUCUGGUCUUUUGGGAGGUUUAUUUCCCCAUGCUCUACCACUGAGCUAUACCAUUCCCUCCCAGAAGUUAAGAACUGUUGUAUUUGGAUCUUGAAACAUAUGAUAUAAUCUCUCUUGCAAUAGCAACCUGCGUGGGUGAGGUGCCAUCUGUGUCACAGCAUGAACCUUCCCCACUGCCAAUCAAACGUCAAUCAAGGAAGGUCAUAAAGUUUACAUCAUCUUAUCACAUGACAGUCCUCUCCUUAGUGUUCUGUGUCACCGUGUGUCAUGAGUACGCAUGUUCUACAGCGACUGUCAUUUUAAAAGACAACCAACCAUGGCAGGUAGUGAAGGCCUCCCAUGCUGUGGGGAUGUUGGAGGGGGUACUGAUGUUGGUAACAACAACUUCUUCUUACCUUGUGCAACAGGACCUAAAUGAGAUUCUAGCAACGCCGCAGAACGAAAAGGAGCUUUUAAAAAUGGCGGUGCCGGGGAGGAGCAGUGACAGUAAUCAGAUAUGUCAUGUAUACUCGACAUUGACAGUCCCACACAUUUCUCUUAAAGAUCCAAAACGUUAUUUGUGUUCUGUUGUUGUGCGUAUGGAUGUGUGUGUGUGUGUGUGUGUGUGUGUGUGUAAUCCUGUGUGUGUUUGAUAAAGAGAGACACAUACAGAGAUGCCUUUGGGAUGCUGUAUCAGUCAGCUAUCUGAACACUGCACAUGGUUGUGAGGAGCUACAUACUGGUUGGGUCUCAUCAUGCUGUAUAUCAAAUAUAUUGUGGCCUUCAUUUAUUUUUGGGGAACUUCGGGUUUGUCGGUAAAAUGCUGGUUUUACUGUACAACAAUGUACUUUGUUUGGAUCUAUGUGUAUAUAACUGGUCUCCCUUUCAGAUAUGUUUUGUUUGUUAUGACGCCUCUGCUUUAGGUAACAUUGACCUACAGUAUGUGACCUAUGCAAUGGCGAGCCUGGGUUGGCGAGAUACAUUAAGAGUUCUCCUCUUGCUCAUUGAUUCAGUGUGAUAGUUUGGUUGCCUCCGUCACCUGAGAAUUCUAGAUUGUAUUUAGUUCAGACAGAACAUCACUAUUGAUGAACUACUGUCAACCAACCAGAAACAGGUUGGAAUCCAACCUUUGGAGGUUUGUUAUUUUUUACAUUGACCUCCUCCAUAUACGAGGAUGUGGAUUUUAAAAAAUCAGAAAAAUGUCCGAAAAGUUUCCUUUUUGAAGUGCCUCUGUGCCAGUCAGCUCUGUUUCAAAUCAGCGAAAUUCAGGAAGUGCAAAGAAUUGGAACUAGCUGCAACUAUAGACAAGGUUUUGCAAGGGAAUGCUUCUUAUUGAUCUAACAUGAAAGCUUUUAAAAUAGUUUGCCAAACUUAAAUUAAGGAAAGAUCAUUUCAGUUUAAAUGUAGAAUUGCUGUCAAUGUUGAAAUUGACACCCUAACAUUGGACUCUUCAUGUAAGAAUUUUUUGUACAUAUAGUUAUUUAUUUUCCUUUUAGAAUAAAUCCUAAGCACAUAUUAAGGUAUGUUGCCUUUUUGUUGCAUCUGUCAUAGGUGUCCGGGCAAAAGCUAUUUCUGUGAAAAAUUAUAAAUUAUUAUUUUGUAUGGAUGUGAUAAAGACCAUCUUUAACGCUGUAAUUUAUUUGACAAUUCUGCUAUCAUGCAUUUCAUCUUUGAUAUUUCUCCUUUAUCUCAUUACGAUAGACUGAUGUCAAUUUCAACACUAAAUAUACCUAAAUGUUUGGCUUUUUGUUUACUGGCAGUUUAUCAGGUUUGUUAAUGAAAACAUUAGAGACCCCCGGUUGUUGUUUUGUUAGUUUGAGUUUUUAAACAUUGUUUGUAUUUCCUCUGAUUUUACACAGUUUAAUUAGUUUGACCUAGGAGAACAUUUUCUCACAGACGAUGCCAGUGCACGAGGCACGAGGCAUCUUCACACAACGUACACAACCCUGUCCUGGGUUCUGUCUGCCUCAUCACUGCCUCAUCACUUUGUCUCAUCACUCUGCCUCAUCACUCUGCCUCAUCACUCUAACCACUGAGUUCCUGUUGGGAGUGCCUCUGUUGUCUGCUUGCUGUUGCUCUUUUGCAUAAUAACCUUUGACUUUGAUUAGCAAUAGAGCGGCUGUCCUACUAUUCUGUGUUCAGACGUCCUACUUGGGCUCAGCAUAGUAAGUGCCAGUAAGGGUCCCUCUAGUGAUCCAUUUUAGUUGUAUUAUAAUGUUGCUGGGAUGUAAAGACUGAAUCAGGGAUAUUUUCACUGAUGCCCAUUGUUAUAUUAAGCCUUCACAAAUUCUUUUUUUAAAUAAUUUUAUUGUCAUUGUAAAUCUCUGAUGUAUCAUUGUCACAAAUAGAUUUUUAUACAAAAUAAAGAUAUUUCAUUGUAAAAGGCUUUUUGAAGAGUCGAUUAUAAUAAGGAGGGGAAAGUUGACAGGAUUUUAGACUCGUAAGAACUCCCGUUGUGUUUUUUCUUUUUUUUGCCCAUAAACUAUGCCGAUGAUUUAAAACCUUGGAAAUAGCGCCAUCAAUUGGACAUCUAGACGUACUGCCACUCAAGAACCAGUAAGUGUAUGACCCUCAGACGUUUGACAUGCUGCUUAUGAUCUCUUAGCGGACAUGGAAACGACGGUGUGACUCUGGGCUUUCGUGAAGUACAUCAGCAAUGAUAGACGUUUGAAGGUUUCCAAUCUUCCCACCAGCUUUCCAUAUAGCGCACAUGAAUGCAGUCAACGACUCUGCGCCCAGUAGUACCCACUGGUUUAGAUAAACGUUAAACUGAGGGGGGGGGGGACAUGCGACACCAUAGCCUACAAGAUGUAGAACCCUAGGACACCCAUUGCUCUCCGGUGACAAGUGGCCUGUUUUUACACCUUCGUUCUAAAUAAGGACGCAGCCUGGCAGGCAUAUGAUCACCGACCCAAUUUGGGAGCCGCCAAAGUGGCCAUCAUAUACCCCUGUCGCUAAACGCCACCCAAUGAGGUUUCCUGCCAUCCUAGUUCUUACAAGCGCUGUGACAGUAUUCCGUUGAACUCUCCACAGACUUGGCACUGCAGUUCCGCGCCUCUUUUUCUUGCAUGCUUGCAACUUCUCCCUCUCUCCCUCAACAUCCUCCGCCCUUGUGUCAUUCGACGGGGCAAGCGAUAAAGUCAGCAUGAUGUCAUCUAGACAGCCUGGCAAGGUGAAAUAGGGUUUUGGUGAGGGGUAUUCUUCACGGCCUGCGUUGCCUAUCGAGAGAGAGAGGCGCAGAGCUGCAAAACAUGGUAAUCACCACCGCCACAACCUCAAGCUCUGCCGUGCGCUCUCCCGUUUCUUCUCUUCUGCACCGGGGCAGUCGUCUAAUGCCCAAAGCCCAGAUCCGCGUUCCAAAAAUAAUCCUCUGCCAGCAUGCCGAAGGAAGAAAAACAAGGAGAGCGGUAUUUUUAGGGCCAUUAAUUUUGACCACGUGCCUCGAAGGUAAACCGGAUGGCCAUUGCGCAAAGGUUCCUCAUCAGUAUGUCCCACGAGGCCAGCACGCACUGGACGUUGACUGCAAUUGUUCUCUUGGGGUUCCUGGUUGGGAUUGUGUCAUCAUAUCCUAUUCCAAGCAGGACGAAUGCAACUUUAUUGGAAAAAAGAUGGGAGACCCUGUUCUCCCGCUCUAUACUGGGUAUCUCGGGGGAGAAAUCGGACCUGAACUGGGAGAGUGACUAUUUGCUGGGUAUCAAAAGAGUGCGAAGACUGUACUGCAACGUAGGCAUCGGGUUUCACCUUCAGGUCCUCCCCGGCGGCAGGAUAAACGGUGUACAUAAUGAAAACCAGUACAGUUUAAUAGAGAUCUCAACAGUAGAGCGAGGAGUGGUCAGCCUCUACGGGGUAAAGAGUGAGAUGUUUGUCGCAAUGAAUAGCCGGGGAAGGUUAUACGGAACGACAGUCUUCCAUGAUGAGUGCAAGUUCAAGGAGACCUUGCUGCCAAACAACUACAACGCCUAUGAGUCCACCAUGUACCGAGGCUUCUACAUCGCCCUCAGUAAACAUGGCCGCCUGAAGAGGGGCAGUAAAGCCACCACUGCCAUGACGGUCACACACUUCCUACCCCGAAUGUGAGCAAAACUAAACAACCUGGCAAUAACUCACAAUAUUUGCACAUGUGGAUUAAUUCCCAGGUAAUAUUAUUAUACUAUAUACGCAAAAUACAAAAACGGACUGCAAAAGAAAGAAAUACAACUAUAUGUGAUGAUAGAAUUAACUCAGUCUUUAUAUGUAUAUUUCGAUAGCUUACUUUUAAACAUAUGGGAAAUAUCCUUUGCUGCUUUUGUUUUCAGUUGUUUUAUGAUAUGAAGGGGUGGGGAGGCACUGCCAACCGUGUGUCUUGGUAUCAGAGCCCACACACCCCUCUCCUCGGAGUGUUUGUGCCCUAAGCGGAGGAGCCUCGGCCCUCUCAGGAACACGUCUGGGUUUAGGAAGGGAAACCGGUAGCUUUUAUUAACUCAAAGCAUCACAACCCCGGAUGGUAAAAAAGAAGUGUACAUGAUGUUUCUACAGAGCAGAAUGCCUGCGUUUACUUUACUUUUCUUACUGUUAUGUCCCAAACAUCCCCCCCUCCCCACUUUGCUGUUGACUUGAUCUGGAAGAGCAGCGUAACUAGAGCACUCACUACAUGUCAGGUUUCCCUGCUUUGUGUUGAAGUGUUGGAGUAGGGGAGAGGAAGGAAGGGGGAGUCUGACAUGCUUUGCAUGCGAGAAACGCGGCCCUGGCUCAGGAAUAGGGAUGACACAACACAACCUUCAGACCCAGGGGAAUGCUGCUGAAUUCCCAGAGGGCCACAAGUAUCCUCCGUUUAUUUUCUUUCCAUAAUUAGAUCAAGUCCCCUGAGGAUCCUACUGUUUGGAAGGACUGGAGUCCCACCACGAGGCACGACCGAGGGGUCUUUACUCACAAGUCUGGCUUUUUAUACGUUUUAUAUUUUGGAAAGAGUCAGACCAGAGGGAAAUGUGUGUGUUUGUGUCUGUUUGCAGACUACUGAAACUAAGCAAAAUUAUUAUGCUUUUGCGGUGACACAGAGCAGUUAUCAGAGCGUCGUUUUUUGUUCAUGAUGAAGGAUUGAAACCAAAACUGAAGGGAAGGUAGGUGUGCAGGUGUUUGAUUAUAAGCUGUAUAUUUCUGGAUACCUACAGCAGCUUCUUUUAUUCUGUUCUGGUGGCUACAUUGAAUAGUGCUGUUUUCAUGUCAAACUGGAUAUGAUUGUCAGCCACAAGAACUAUUGUAAAUAUUGUUAUAGAUUUUUUGUUAAAGAAUUGUUUACUAAUUUGUAGGAUUUUCAACAGCAGAGUCUGAUAUCUGAUAUUUAGAUAUAGUCUGAUAUCUGAUAUUUAGAUAUACAAGAAUUGUGCGUUGACACCUAUUCAUCUCAUUGGCAUUGCUGGUGCGGUCUGUGACUUAGUUUGAUGGUCUUGUCUGGGUCAAAGGUUCAAUCAUUUCCAUCGGCUUGUAUGCAGCCAACUUCAAUUCGUAACUUUCUUUGCUUUUCUCUUUAGAGGCCAUAGCUAGGAAAGAAGAGGAGGAGGAUAAUCCAAACAGGACAGAGAGAGAGAGGACACAUAUGGAGCUGCAAAACAUGUCCAGCAGUGUUUGUUUAACCUGCUGAUGAGGCAGAUCGUGUUGCACAGGCCCCCUGCGUUC